UAAAGAAAAAAUUUUCUUUCAGAAAUGUCUGAGAAUCGUAAAAAUGUUCGUACUCGAACAUUCUUGAUCAAAGAUAUUUUUUUCUCCCUCUCCUUCGACUGCCAAGAACUUAUGGAUGGGAACACAGAUAUCGACCGCCAUUGUCAAGUAUAUAUAAGGAACCCCCAAGCUCCAACCGCCUCAUAACUGCCAUCACCUCAGCCACCGUUUGAUAUUGUCGUCUCGCCGAUCUUGGACUGUGAGAUCCCUCUUGGAAGGUUUCGGUUGUGCCUCUGAAACCAGAGAUUGUUUCUUGGGACGUGAAGGGCAUUCGGCAACCGCGCUUCGGGUCAUGGAUAUGGAGGAGGAGUAUCGCAGUGGGUCGAUGUCUUACUACAGCGUUCUUGGGUUAAGCCCUGGUUGUUCGGACGAGGAGAUAAGGAAAGCCUAUCGCAAGCUUGCGAUGGUGAGUGCUCGAAGCUCCUCAUCAGGUUCCGUCCAGUGAGAUUUGUAUGGAUAUGGCUCUGCAGCUAUCACUAGUGAUUUCUUGGAAUCCGAAAUGGCACCCGGAUCGGUGGGCUAAAACCCCGUCGCUAUUAGGCGAAGCCAAGCGUAAGUUUCAGCAAGUUCAGGAAGCUUAUGAAGUUCUGUCCGACCAGGGGAAGAGAUCGCUGUACGAUAUGGGCUUGUAUGACCCGGAAGACGAGUACGAUGAGGGAUUCUCCGACUUUGUCCAAGAAAUGGUCUGUCUCAUGACCAAGACCAGGCCCGAGGAAAAGAAUUGCACAAUGGAAGAUCUGCAAACGAUGUUAACGGAUAUGGCGCGGGGCUUCGAUCUCCCAUCAUGGCAAUGUGAGCCCUUGGAUUUCGGAGAUCCCUCUGCCUCUAAGUCCUCAAAGAGGAUGCGUUGCGACUCGAAUUUGAUGACAAGCAACUCCGCUAUCCAUGUAUCAGGAUUCGCGAUGUGAGACAAAGAGGGAGAUAUUGCUACUAAAUGCUCCCCACAUCUGCUGAUUUCAUCAGUCCUGGGUUGUGCUUUCCAUAUGGAAAGAGAGAGAAUGACAGGCAGGGAAGUGAUGCGCAAACGCAAGUGAAUUGGAUUGGACUUUGGUGUUGGUCUUUCUCUUGUGUUACUGUGGCUCUGUUUGGAUUAGUUGCGGUUUUUCUUUUUCUUUUUUUCUGGUAGACGAUUGUUACGAUGUCCGCCAAGAGAAGAAUUGCAGUUAGAAACAGAUCCGAAGUAUAAAGGAAAAACUAAUAUGCUGCCUUGAUC